GAGCAGGGGGGGGACCCUGCGUGGGCAGGAGCCCCGCCGCCGCCGCAGCCCUGCUGUUGCUAACAGCUUUUUUAUUAAGCAGUGCUGAUGACGUAGAUGAGACAGUUAACUGGAAGACAAAACAAGCCAACAGUUUUGUUAUCAGCAGAAAGACGGCUGCUGGGCAGAGCAAUGUGUACACCAUUCUCUCUAAGGUACAGUCUGACCGGAACGUGUACCCAUCCGCUGGAGUCCUCUUUGUUCAUGUCUUAGAGCGGGAGUACUUUAAAGGGGAGUUCCCCCCAUUUCCGAAGCCUGGUGAGAUAAGUAAUGACCCCAUUACGUUUAAUACAAACUUGAUGGGCUACCCAGACAGACCUGGAUGGCUCCGCUAUAUCCAGAGGACACCCUACAGUGAUGGCGUGCUGUACGGCUCACCGACAGCAGAGAAUGUGGGAAAGCCAACCGUUAUUGAGAUAACGGCCUGUAACAGGCGCACCUUUGAGACAGCGAGGCACAACCUGGUCAUUAACAUCAUGUCAGCAGAAGAUUUCCUGUUACCCUAUCAAGCAGAAUUCUUCAUAAAAAAUAUGAACGUGGAAGAAAUGCUGGCAAGUGAGGUUCUUGGUGAUUUUCUCGGGGCGGUGAAGAAUGUCUGGCAGCCAGAACGUCUGAACGCCAUUAACAUCACGUCAGCCCUGGACCGUGGAGGACGUGUCCCCCUCCCUAUUAAUGAUAUGAAGGAAGGGGUCUAUGUGAUGGUCGGAGCCGAUGUCCCCUUUUCUUCAUGUUUACGGGAGGUGGAGAAUCCACAGAACCAGCUGCGUUGCAGCCAAGAAAUGGAACCCAUUAUAACGUGUGAUAAAAAAUUUCGAGCCCAGUUUUAUAUUGAUUGGUGCAAAAUUUCUCUGGUUGACAAAACAAAACAAGUGUCCACCUAUCAGGAGGUGGUUUGUGGAGAGGGGAUUCUGCCUGAUGGUGGGGAGUACCGGCCUCCUCCCGACUCGCUGAAGAGCAGAGACUACUACGCGGACUUCCUCGUCACUCUGGCCGUGCCCUCGGCGGUAGCGCUGGUACUCUUUCUGGUCCUCGCCUACAUCAUGUGCUGCCGCCGGGAAGGCGUGGAAAAGAGAAACAUGUACACCCCAGACAUCCAACUGGUCCAUCACAGCGCUAUUCAGAAAUCCACGAAGGAGCUGCGUGACAUGUCCAAGAACAGAGAAAUUGCUUGGCCACUGUCUACGCUGCCUGUGUUCCACCCGGUCACUGGGGAGAUCGUCCCCCCACUGCACACGGACAGCUAUGACAAUACCAGUAUGCCGCUGAUGCAGGCCCACCCGAACCUGCCCCAUCAGACUCAGAUUCCACAGCAGCAGGCAGCUGGUAAAUGGUAUCCCUGAAGAGAGGAAAUUGACCGAAGCAAUGGAUUUGUGAUUGGAAUGCGCGGGCUGUCUUCACGUUGUACUUCCUUGUUCAUCCAAAGGAUGCAUGAGCUUUGCUGGUGGAUAGUGUGCAUGCCCACCAUGUGCUGAGAAUAAUGACCAUUUAACUAAUGGACUGUACUUUUUUUGUACUUUGGACAUUUUUGACAAUUUGUAUGACACUAA